CAGUCCCCACCCCCAGCCUGUCCCUGCCCACUCUCUGUGGACAAGCCGCAGGUGGUCGGCCCUACCUGGCCCGGGACCAUGGUAAUGCUGAAGGGAAUCCCCGAGCUGCUCUCCCCCGAGCUGCUCUUCGCCCUGGCAAAGAUGGGGCACGGAGAUGAGAUUGUUCUUGCAGAUGCCAAUUUUCCUACGUCUUCCAUAUGUCAGUGUGGCCCUGUGGAAGUCAGAGCAGAUGGCUUGAGUAUCCCACAGCUACUGGAGUCCAUCUUGAAGCUGCUUCCCUUGGAUACUUAUGAGCCAAAUUCGGUAGUGAUCAUGGACCUGGUAGAAAGUGACAAGGCCAGAGGUCUCCAGAUCCCUGUGUGGGAAACCUACAAAAGCCUUCUGCUUAAGGCUGGCCUCAAAGUGGACCUGGAGAAUAUGGAAAGGUUUGCUUUUUAUGAACGGGCAAAAAAAGCUUUUGCUGUAGUUGCAACAGGAGAAACAUCUCUAUAUGGGAACAUAAUCCUCAGAAAAGGUGUGAUUGCCUCACAGGAACAGCACAUGGACCUGAAUCUCAGUGAGACCAAAUGACAGCCAUCAGAAGACACAGCCAUUCCUCAGUUCUGUAAUGAUCACUUACAGUACUGCCAGCAAACACUGGUUCGCAUGAUGAGACCAUGAAGGAAAGUGGAAUGGAAAUCAGAUUUUGGAUCUAAUGUUAAUUGAAUAAAUACUUUUCUUUUUCCUUC